GUUUAUUUUCACACCACUUUCUCUUGAGCCAAUCUUAAGACCUUGAUGCAUCAUGACUAUUAUUCACAUCAGUGGACUCUGAUGCUUAACCCAAAGUGUGAGGUUGUGUCAGUUUAUCAUGUGUUUAUAGUCACAUGCAACUUGGGUCUAACAGAGGGCAUCAACUUCACUGCUUCCAUUACUAUUAUGGGUUUGAUAUCCAGCAUGUUCUUCCUGCUUUAUGCUCUCAUCAUAAGAGGGCUGGCAAACUUGCUUUUAGGACCCUCAGACAAUAAGCAGUUCUGUUGGCAUUAUAUUUUCUCACAUCAGUAAGUGUGAACUGGCAUCAAUCUCCAACAAGCACACUGUCAUUUUCUGCUCACUCUUUGGAAUUUAGCAAG